AUGACGAGGAACCUUGCGAAACCCACCAUCACGUCGCCCGGGUUUCUGGUCUGCCCCGUUGCGAUACCCGUUUACCGGGCGUCCGCGCCUCCUCGCACGGAGGCUGAGAUGCCAAGUCGAGGUACCAAUGGCUGGGUUUCUCUUCUGCUGCCCCCCCUUGACCUGAGACACAGCUCUCAUACAAUCUCAAAACAAUCUCACGUCUCCUCUCUUAUACACACAAACACCAACCACUUACACCAUCAACAACCCAUCUACCUCGCCUUCCACCGAAAGCUCAACUUCCUCCAACACACACACACAAAACCCACAAAUUCAACCACAAUGGCCGCCUUCACUCUUCUGUUCACUCCCGCCACCGCCGUCUACGGACGCUCAGGCUACAACAAGGACGGCGACGACGAGGAGAAGGACAACCGCGGCCGCUCCGGAUACAACAAGGACGGCGAUGACGACGACGAGGGCCAGAACAAGGGCCGCUCCGGCUACAACAAGGAUGGCGACGACGAGGAGGACAAAUAA